AUGUCGGAUCAGAAGAAGGACAAGAAGACCUCCAAAAAAGGUAAAUCGAGAUCCUCCAAGGCUGGAUUGAACUUUCCCGUUGGUCGUAUUCAUCGUUUGCUUCGCAAGGGAAACUACGCUGAUCGGAUUGGUGCCAUUGCUCCGGUGUAUCUUGCCGCAGUGCUUGAAUACUUGUCUGCCGAAGUUUUGUACCUGGCUGGAAACGCAGCACGUGACAACAAGAGAAGCCGAAUCAGUCCCCGACACAUGCAAUUAGCUAUACGGAACGACGAUGAACUGAAUGCGCUUCUUUCCGAUGUAACGAUCUCUCAAGGCGGUGUGUUACCCAAUAUCCACUCGGCGCUUCUUCCCAAGGUGCCAGCUGAACGGGCAUCAACUUCGAAGCACAGUGACCUUAAUAUGACGUGA